AUGUUGCAACUUCGAAAGCGAGUGGGUGUAGAUGAUAUGACACACCUCAAAUCAGUGAAUGAAACGGAUAUAGCCAACAACUUGAAAACAAGGCUCUCUAAUAAUCAAAUUUUUACCUACAUUUCCGAUGUCUUGAUCAGUGUAAAUCCGUUUGAAAAUAUUCCAGGAUUGUUUAAUGAUGAGAAGAUGGAAAGUUAUAUUCGUAGAUACAUGAACGAAGUUCCUCCUCAUAUUUUUGCUGUUGCUGAGCGAGCUUUCAGAAAUUUACAAAACAAGAACACAAACCAAUGCAUUAUAGUUCAGGGCGAAAGUGGGAGUGGAAAGACGGAGGCGUGUAAGGCUCUCAUUAAUUAUAUUUCCUAUGUGAGCGGCUCCGGUAAUGAGGUAUUGAGGGUGAAAAAAAUAAUAUUACAGAGCAGCCCACUACUUGAGGCAUUUGGAAAUGCAAAGACUCUUCGGAAUAAUAAUUCUUCCCGAUUCGGGAAGUAUUUUUCUUUGCAAUUUGACAGACAGGGCAAUCCAUUAGGAGGAGAAAUUUCGUUAUAUUUGCUAGAAAAGAGUAGAAUUUGCAAUGUAGCACGAGGAGAAAGAUCUUUUCAUAUAUUUUAUCAAUUGCUGAAAGGCGCUGAUCCAAAGCUUAAAGAACAACUUGGGCUUAUUGAAAUGGAAGAUUACAAUUUUCUUUCACAUUCCAAUUGCUAUGAAAUUGAAGGAAUGAACGACAAGGAAAAAUUUUUGAUGACUGUGUUUUCUGAAAAUGGUACGUCCACCAAGGUGAUUAAUAAGGCCAAAGCUCUAACAAAGUGUGCAAAGCUACUUUCCAUUGAAGAGCAUGCUCUUGAGACCUACUUGACGAAGAAGCACAUUUUGGUUGAAGGAAAAGAAAUAGAAACUCAAUUUAAUUCGAUUCAAGCAAAAAAUGCAAGAGAUGCUCUUUCCAAACUUAUUUAUGAGCGAAUAUUUCAUUUCAUUGCAGGGAAAAUUAACGAGUCUAUGAAAUGCUCAAAAUUUGAUUGUACCAUAGAUAUUUUAGACAUUUACGGAUUUGAAAGCUUUGAAAAUAACUCUUUUGAGCAAUUAAUUAUUAAUUUUGUUAAUGAAAAGCUUCAAAAUAUAUUUUCAAGCUUGGUUUUGAGAAAAGAACAAGAUGAGUACAAAAGCGAGGGAGUACCUUGGAACACUAUCUCAUUUUCAGACAACAAAGCGAUUUGUGAUUUAAUUGAGCUUUCUAACCCACCAGGAAUUCUAUCAAUUCUAGAUGGUAUUUCAGCAUACUACAACUUGGAGUCGUACAAUGCCGAUCAAAGGUUUUUAGAUUCCCUCUCUACCAUCAUUAGUAGAAACAAAUAUUUUACACAAAGAAGUUCCAACCAUUUCAUUUUGGACCAUUUUGCUGGCCCUAUUUGCUACAAUGUUCAUGGAUUCACAGAGAAGAAUAAGGAAUUUAUGACUCGAGAUCUCAUCUGUUGCAUGCAAAGUACCAAAGACCCACUACUUAAAGGCAUGUUCUCUGAGAUUGGAACAGAUUUCAAGAAACGCCCAAGUACUGCUUCAUUCAAAAUUCUUAAAAACAUUGACGAUUUAAUGAAAUCCAUUUCGGAGCGAGAAACUCAUUACAUUAAAUGUAUCAAGCCCAACGACUCCAAGUCUCCCAAGACAUUCGACUCCAAGACAACCAUUCAACAAAUAAGACACCACGGCUUGAAGGAAAUUAUUCUUUUGAGACGAUCUGGAUACUUUUUCAGAACAACAUUCCAAGAUUUUUUCAACCGGUACAAGUAUCUUUUAGUUACGUCAGACAUGAUGCAAUGGAGAGGAAGCGCUGAGCAGGGUUGUAUGAGUAUCCUAAACGAUUGUAACAUUUCUAAAUCAGAUUACUUUAUUGGAAAAACAAAGAUUUUCCUUAGAAAUCCGUUGUCAUUAGCUCAAUUGGAUGAGCUUCUUGAACGCUUCUACCAUACCAAAGCUACUAUUAUUUCAAAGGCAUUCAGAAAGUACAAACACCGACAAUAUUUGAAGUCCAUCCAAAAUAAUUCCAUUACAAUACUUUCAAAUAACAAGCAACGACGAAGAAUGUCCAUUAAUCGAAAUUUCAAGGGAGACUACAUUCAAUUUUUCAACAAUGCACAACUUCAAGAACUGUUGCAACCAUACCAGCAUGAAGGUGGCGUGGUGUUUAGUGACGAAAUUAGAAAGCCAAAGGUAAAAGUUUUCAGAUCAGAACCAUCAUUCAAGAAAAUGAUGUUAUUAGUGACACCUCAAUCCAUUUUCUUUAUUCGAAGAAAAAAAGAUGAACCACGUCGAGCAGGAUUCACUGUUAAAAAGAGAGUUCCUUUUACACAAAUAGAGAACAUUACAAUGUCCAGCCUUCCAGACAACUGGCUGUGCCUUAAAUUGUAUGACGACGUGGAUAUUUUCUUUGAAAACGAGCACAAGACGGAACUGGUCACUAUACUAGAUGACAUUUAUUUCAAAGAAUAUGGUAAUCAUUUGAAAUUAUUAUUCUCGAACCAGUUUGAAUUUGAUUACACGAAAAGGAAGACUAAGAGUGUUGAAUUUAUAACGGAUGGCACCAUUUCUGUCAGAUUCAAAAGCACCAUCACUGUUAGCAAAACUGGUAAUUUCCAAAUCACUGCCACUAAUGAUUUACCACCAGGUACUGUUCCUUAUUUGAAAACCAAUAACAGUAGCAAUAUGGGAAGAAAAUCAGUUGGAUUAGGGUUGAAUACUCUUGAGUCUUGCCCUAAAUUGAAACCUGUUGUGGGAAAUGGUCUAGCCAGUCCUGAAUCCUGCAAAGAAAUUAUUCGUCCUGGCCACCUUUCAGAAGAAAAAGACAAGUCAGUGACAAGAUUGUUGGUUUUGUAUGAUUAUCAUCCAGUUCUAGAUGAUGAGCUCAAUAUUCGUGAUGGUGACGUAAUUGCUCUUCUUAAAACGAAUGAUGAUGGAUGGGGCUAUGGAAGACUUUUAAGUGAAACUGAUGGCAGAAAAGAAGGAUAUUUCCCACUCAACUUCACCAUGAGUGAGGAAGAAUUUGCCCAAUACUACAGCAACCCUGAAAUCAUUCGUUGA